AAAGGCAAGAGGUAUAUUUAAAAGCCACCUCAGGCAAAGGCCUCUCUCUGACUUGUGUCUCAGCUCACGGGGCUUCCAGGAUCAUGGCCUAUAAAAUGCUUCAAGUAGCCCUGUGUUCAACAUUGCUUAUCGGAGCGUUGGGAGCACCAUUUUUGUUGGAGGACCCUGCAAACCAGUUCCUACGUCUCAAAAGACACGUAAAUUUACCUGAUUUCUGGGACCCAGAUCACAGUUCAAAUGUGUGGAAAAACACACUGGCCAAUCAGGCUCAUGAAACGUGGAUUGCUUUGAAAACAACAGCACAGUAUUAUUUGGGUGUGAAUACCUUCACUUCUGACAUGUCUAUUGCCCAGUAAAUAUGUUUUCCUGGUUAAAGCAGGAGGAUGAAGAUGGUCGAAGUUGGGAUGGCAUUGUGCCAAAACCAUAGGUUUUCGAGACCUGAGGGUAUAUCCAUGCUGUUUACUACAUUAUUUAUUAUGUCUGUCUCAAAGUUGAGAAGAGUAAUUAUGAUUACUCAUGUAGACACUUGGAAUAAGACAUUCUCAAUAAAGUUCUCGAAAUCAAAACUAAAAAAAUAAGGCUGUAGUAAUAACACUUACCAAAAAGAUGGCAUUUAUGGGAAAACAAAAGCAAAAACAAACAAACAAAAAAAUAGUCUCAUUAAACCACUCUGUUCAUAGCUU